AUGAUUCCAGGGACCCACAUCGCAGCAGAGGAGCACAACAAGAUCGUUCGCCACAUUGUCGCCAGCACAAAUGAGGCUGCUGAAUUGACCAGACGUGAGCUAUGCUCCUAUGGUACCAUCGGAGUACAUGUGCUAGAGCUGCUGGAACCUGCUACUGCGAAGCAAGCUUCUACAACGCCUGGCAAGCAAAAGCAAGAGGCAGCAGCACAUGAUAAGCAGCAGGGAAUCAAGCAAGAGCCAGGAGAAGAAGAUUUCUUCGGAGAGAAUAACGGAGGAGGAGAUUUGCUCAGCGACGGUGUCGGGAAGCAAGAACAGCAACAUGAUGGUGAUGAAAAGGAACAGUCUUCGGGCGGAAAUCACGGCACCGGUCGCCUCAAAAUGGUUGCAGGAUACGAAGGUCGUGUGGUCGCUGGGAUCAAGCAGAAGGAUGGAGCCUUUUUCACUCCUGUCCAGCAAGCCUCAUCGUCGCCCACCACGAACUACCAACAGUUUCGCCAGCUGUGA